GGGGCCUGCGCGGGGACUUCCCCAGAGCUGAGCUGCGCAGCGGGGUUUUGGCCACAUUGGGCCAGGGCACAAAGUAACCACUUAACUCCCUUCUCAGCGAGGAAGCGCGGGAGAAAGGGUAUGGCGCAGUCACACGGAUGGGUGAAAAGAUACUUCAAGGCCUUUUGCAAAGGCUUCUUCGUGGCAGUGCCUGUGGCAGUGACUUUCUUGGAUCAAGUUGCCUGUGUGGCAAGAGUGGAAGGCGCAUCAAUGCAGCCUUCUUUGAACCCUGGGGGAAGCCAGUCAUCUGAUGUGGUACUUUUGAACCACUGGAAAGUGAGGAAUUUUGAAGUACAACGUGGCGACAUUGUAUCGUUGGUGUCUCCUAAAAACCCAGGACAGAAAAUCAUUAAGAGAGUGAUUGCUCUUGAAGGAGAUAUUAUAAGAACCAUGGGACACAAAAACCGAUAUGUCAGAGUUCCCCGUGGCCACAUCUGGGUUGAAGGUGAUCAUCAUGGACACAGUUUUGACAGUAAUUCUUUUGGGCCGGUUUCCCUGGGACUUCUUCAUGCCCAUGCUACACAUAUCCUGUGGCCUCCAGAGCGCUGGCAGAAAUUGGAAUCUGUUCUUCCUCCAGAGCGCUUGCCAGUUCAGAGAGAGGAUGAAUCACCACCUGGAUCUGCUUGAGCUGGUGUUGGGUGGUGGAUAGAGAAGAGGAAGCUCCAGAGGAAAAGCCUCCACCGAUAGCAUGCUGUGUGGCAAACAUUUGUCUCACAUCACAGUGAUCUGUGUUAUUAUCAUUUUAAAUAUUCAAUGGUUCCUGGUGUUCUGUUAAACUUUAAUACUUUCUUCUUUAAUGCCAAAAAAAAAUUCAGACCUUUGAGAAUCAGGAACUAUUGUACCCAUGUCUUACAGGGGAUAAACAAGUUAGUUCUUAUACAUACAUAUUCCAUUGAUUGUUGGGUUUUGCUGCUUGUUGCUGGCAGAAUUUGAAAAUUCAUAUUCAAUAAAAAUAAUUUGUGACUGUUAAAUACAACUUAGAUAAAUGCAUAUUAUAUGGAAGAUGUAAUCGACAGCAGCGACAAUGCAAUACUGUAGGUGCAGAGUACAGUGAUAUUAUAAUAAAACAAUGGCUUGUUGAGGUCCUGUUUUGAAUGUUUAUCAUUUAACCUCUACAUAAAUUAAUGGGGAACAGCUCCUCUUCUGGAAGUAAGGAAUAAAGAAUAUGCAAUGCCAAUACUUACAUGCUAUCAAACUUUUCGUACUGGUCCUUCUUAAUCCAUAACUUCAGAGUGAUCUCAUGCCUGUUCAAAAUGAUGAGCAAAGCCCCUCAUCUGCAUUCAGUCAUUGUUUGGUAACUGACUCUGAGUGAAAU